CGUCCAAUCAGCGGCCAGCUGGGGAGUCUGAACGUUCCAUUGAGGGAAUCCCCGGGCACUAUCCAGUCUGAACGUUCCACCGGGGAUUCCCUAUCCACUCAGAGCCGGGGUGGCUGGGGUAGAGGCCGCUCCUCAUGAUGAUGGUGGGCGAGGCGGCGGCGCGGGGCGCCAGCCACACGGUACCGAGCGAGGAGACGGUGCACGUGGUGGAGUUUAACCCUUUCGAGAGCGGCGGCCUCGGUACCCUGAUCGCCUACGGAGGCGACAACUACAUCGUGGUGGGGAGCUGCCGUUUCCAGGAAGAAGAUGCAGAACUUAAAGGUAUGGAAUACAAGACCCUCCAGACUUUUCACCAAGGUAUUCGAGUGGAUUCUAUUGCUUGGAGCCCAGAAACUAAGAUGGACACACUGACGCAACUGAUCCGGCUUUGUACAGCAGACGCUGACAGAAAGUUGAGACUGCUCACAUCUGAUCUCAAAGAAAACACCAGAUGGCAGGUAAUAGAAGGUCACACUGAUUACAUCAACGAUCUAGUAUUUGACCCCAACACUGGGAAGCAGAUUGCAAGUGUUAGUGAUGAUCACACAUGUCGUAUCUGGGACCUUGAUGGAAACCAAAAGACAUCGUUCCUCCUUCAGUCUCCAGGAAUGAGCCUGUGUUGGCAUCCCGAGGAGAUGUACAAGCUGAUGGUAGCGGAGAAGAAUGGAAUCAUUCGGUUUUAUGACCUGGUCACUCUGCAGGCCAUCCUGUCUCUGGACUGCGGCCAGAUGCCGCUGCUGUCCGCAGAUUGGUGUCUGAGCAACACCAUCAAAGUCGGUGCCGUUGCGGGGAAUGAUUGGCUGAUCUGGGACAUCACUCGCUCCAGUUACCCCCAAGAGAAGAGACCAUCACACUUGGAUGGAGCACGACAAUUCCGAUGGUCAAAAGCCAAUGAAAAUCUUUUUGCGACGACUGGCUACCCAGGCAAGAUGAACAGCCAAUUACUCGUUCAUCAUUUGGGUCACCCCCAGGCCAUUAUGCUCGGCUCUGCACCCGUGGCUUCAGGACUGAGCUGGCAUCGGACACUCCCGCUAUGUGCGAUUGGUGGCGAUCGCAAGGUUUUGUUUUGGAUGACUGAGAUGUAGAAGAAAAUCUUUUGGUGGUUCUUUGGUUUUCAGGUUGGGUUCUGGGUUAACUUGUGUGAAAUGGGUUGAUGUGAAUACUGACUAUGUCCAUGGCGAUAAAACAUCGGGAAGUGAGUUAAAGCUGAAAAUUAAAGAUUUCUCCAUUGUA